AUGUCAGACCAAGCACCGGCCCACUUAACCAUACCAACCUUUUCCCCAUCUGUCCCAUCCGUUGAUGAUCCAACUACGGGCUUUUGUAACCUCACACAAUGCCACAACUCGGCACCUAGUCACGGGCAGAUGAUCGACUGUGCUUGUCGUUGUCAUUCAAAUUCAAUCAAACUAAUUUCUGCCGAGGAUACCGUAGAGAACAGUAUUAAAGAUGGGAAACUUCAAGGGAAGAAAUUGAAAGAGCUUUGGGCGGUAGUUACAGAUAUUUUAGCACCAGUUCAUGCGGAAGGUGGAAUCGGAGAAGAUGCAAGGGAAGGAACUCCAGCUUAA